CGGCCAUGGCAGGGAAUAGUUGCGAGGUGAAUGGGAGUGGGAUCCCGGUCUGUAGAAGGUGCGCUGCUCCCGGAGUGUCCAAGUGGGUCCGGCUCAACGUGGGGGGGACCUGCUUCCUGACAACGCGGCAAACCCUGUGCAGAGACCCGAAAUCCUUUCUGUACCGCCUGUGCCAGGCAGACCCCGACCUGGACUCGGAUAAGGAUGAAACGGGAGCAUAUCUGAUAGACAGAGACCCUACAUAUUUUGGUCCAGUAUUAAACUAUUUGAGACAUGGGAAACUUGUGAUAAACAGAGACCUAGCAGAAGAAGGUGUUCUGGAAGAAGCAGAAUUCUAUAACAUUACAUCGUUAAUUAAACUAGUUAAGGACAGAAUACGGGAAAGAGACAGCAAAACGUCACAGGUGCCGGUAAAACACGUCUAUAGAGUUCUUCAGUGUCAAGAGGAGGAACUGACGCAAAUGGUUUCAACAAUGUCUGAUGGAUGGAAGUUUGAACAGUUGGUCAGUAUUGGCUCCUCCUACAACUAUGGAAACGAAGAUCAGGCAGAGUUUUUGUGUGUUGUGUCGAAAGAGUUACAAAACACCCAAUAUGGCACAACUAGCGAGCCAAGCGAAAAAGCAAAGAUUUUGCAAGAAAGAGGGUCGAGAAUGUGAAGCAUUUGAAUUUUUUUUUUAAAAAAAAACAAACUUUUAUUUCAAGCAAAAACAUUGACAAGAUGCAAAGAAUUUCCACACGGAAGAGCCAAGCGAGGGGGAGAUCUGCUUUAGCUAACAUAGUAUAGUGGCCGUUUUGGGAACGUAUUCUUGAACGGAUGCUUCAAACCUUAAUAACGGGAAUGGGUUUAAAAAUAGAAAAAAAAAUAGGUUGUGCGGAUGCAAAUCUUUGCAUUCUUAUGCUUCUGGUGACUUGUAACUAACUAUUUUAUCUGUGGGUUUUUCUUUUGCAAAGUUGUAUAAAUCUUGGGCAGACCCACACAGACUGUCUUUGCGAUAUAUAUCGAAGUAUAAAAUAGGUGGCAAACUGACAGGCUUUACAGUGAUUGUAUGGCCCAUAACACCCAUAAGUGUGCUAUUAGAGACACUAACCAGGCCACUCUGUGGUCUAGCUAUUGGCACAAUGAGUCUUUGCUUAUUAAAGCAUUACUGACUAAGGCAGCUUGUUGCAGAAAGAAAUAACUAAGCCGUAUGUACUCAUGUUGGCAUAUUCUAACAAGGCCUUUAAUCUUAUUAAGCGAAGGAAAAAGCAUGCCCAACAUAUUCUGCACUUGUCUAUUGCUGCAAAAAAGUUUUUACAUAUAGAGAACUGCUUUUCUUGACUGCAAAUAUGCUAAGCUCCAGAUACGCUGGUGGCAUUUCUCAUUUUGAAUUUGUGGGGGGGGGGGGGGGUUGUUUUUAUUUUUGUAGUUUUUUCCUUCCAUAAACUGAUUGUUUUGUUUUUUCUGUGAGUGAGAGAUGUAACUUUUCUGCCUGUAAUGAUGACUUUUGGCCCUGGGAGUAAUGCUAAGCAUGUUUAGUCUGGUAUGGCUAAUCAUCAUUGGAUUUCUUUAUUUCCCAACAUGCUGGCCUUUGUAUUUGCUAAAGUAUGUAUUAAGGCAGCUGUGUGCCUGCGAGUACAUCGUACACUCCAACUAAACGUUAGACAUUUUCAAGGAGAGAGAACAAAUGCUGUUCCCACAUGGCACAGGAACUUUCCUGUGUAUCAUUUUUACAGUAAUUUUAUAUUAAGGAAGACAUUUUAAUUGUUCCAUAUAUACAUUUAUCACAAUGAGAAUGGGACCCUGGCAAAUGUCUGUUUUUAAUAUCGCAAUAUGCAGAUGUUAAUCUAAAGGAAGUAUUGGGAUGGAAAAAUGUUAUUU